AUGCCACUGUUCUCCGAGGCUAUGAUUGAUGGCGUUCGCACACACAAGUAUUCAUGCGUUGACACAAGUCCUCUAUCGAAUUACAUAUUGCAUCCAUUUUGGAACUAUAUAGUUCAGUACUGUCCCAAGUGGGUCGCGCCUAACACACUCACCGUCCUUGGAUUUGGCCUUACGGUUCUCAAUUUCUCCAUGCUUACUUUCUAUGAUUGGGACUUCAGAUCUCCUUACGAUACUCCACGCUUCAUUUGGCUGUUAUCUGCUCUCCUUAUUUUCGUCUCACACACAUUGGACGGUAUCGAUGGUAAACAGGCACGGAGACUGGGGUUGUCCACUCCAUUGGGAGAAUUGAUGGAUCACUGCUGUGACGCUUGGACAGCGGCAUUUUAUCCACCCAUCCUGUUUUCUCUUUUCUCAGGUCAAGUUGAUUCCAGCAUUUUGUUCACUUGCGAGUGGAUUAUCAUCUGUGGUUUUCUACUUGCACAUUGGGAAAAGUCCAUUACGGGGGUUUUGUACCUCCCUUGGUCAUACGAUUUUGGUCAACUGGUUUUAGUUUUAUUCACAUAUGCUUCCAUCUUUGCUUUGGAAAUCGCAGACUGUCUUCUAUUUUCUGACUUUAUAUCAGGUGUGUUCUGGCUCUGUGCCAUCCCAUCCAGCUUGAUCAACGUAGUUUUAGCCUGCAGAAGGGACAGGGUGAGAAUGCCAACAGUGGAGGCUGUUGUCCGACCCUUUGCAGGAACUCUUUUCGUUUUCUCUGUCUCGUGGGUUUGGAUGACUCUCUCUCCGACAAAUGUUAUGGAGCACUCACCACGUCUAUUUCUACUUUGUGGUGGAACAUUGGCUGCCAACAUCACUGUAAGUUCAACGCUAUUCGCUGCCUAG